AUGAAGAAGGUAAUCAGUUGUUUUUCCCCAAAGGGUUCCCCCAACCGCAACCGAACCGGCAACUCUCCCCGUUCCUCUCAAUCUCCUCCCACUCCGGUUUCCUCUUCCUCUUCCGCUCCGGCUUCCCCUUCAGCCUCUACUUCCGCAACUACUCUUGCAAGAAUCAAUGAACUUACUGCAGAAGCGGAGACUCUAAAUUUAAAUUUAGGACCUUUGCCUAUACAGAAAUUCCCUUUUAUGCAACUUCACUUUGCAACAGAUGGUUUUAGCGCUGAAAACUGCGUGGCUAAAGGAGGUUUCGGCCGUGUUUACAGAGGAAACUUGGCUCCACAGAAUCAAGAAGUAGCUAUAAAGUGUCUUGACCCGAAAAGCCAGCAAGGAACCCGGGAAUUCGUUACUGAGGUGGAGUUUCUGAGUAACGCAGACCACGAAAACAUUGUCCGGUUGAUUGGAUAUUGUGCUGAGAAUGAGCACAGGAUGAUAGUUUAUGAGUACAUUAGGAUGGGAUCUUUGGAAGCUCAUUUACUAACCCGUAAUCCAGAUUUGAACCUUGCAGUUCUGGAUUGGAAUACAAGAGUUAGAAUAGCAUAUGAAACAGCAAAGGGUUUGCAGUAUCUGCAUAGUAAUAUGCAGCCUCGGAGAAUAUACAGGGAUCUAAAAUGUGCAAACAUUUUGUUAGGGGAAGGUUAUACUGUAAAGUUAUCUGAUUUUGGAUGUGCUAAAAAAGCCCCAGCUAAUGAACGUGAACGUAACUUGACAAGGGUUUUAGGCACAGUAGGAUAUUUAGAUCCAGCGUAUUUUACAACAGGCAAUUGUACAGUCCAAAAUGAUAUUCACAGCUUUGGUGUUGUUCUUUUGGAGCUCGUCACUGGUAGAAAAUGUAUUGAUGAAAGAAGACCAACCGAGGAACAAAGUCUCCUUAUAUGGGCAAGAAGAGUAUUUGGUAAUAGGGACAGAUACGAAGAAAUUGUUGAUCCAUUGCUAAAUGGUAACUUUAAUGAGCGGAGUUUACAUGCACUUGUUCGUAUGGCUGAAUAUUGUGUUAAUAGCGACUCUAUGAAGAAGCCCAAAAUGAGUCAUAUUGUCGAUAUUUUAGGACAAUUGAAUCGUGCAGCUGAUGAACCAAACAUUCCCUAG